CUCUCUCUAUGUGGUACUAUUCAAUCAUUUCUCUCUCUGGAAUCUCUCUCUCUCUCUCUCUCUGGUAAAAGUACUAAGCGCUGAAAACGAAGCAAAACAGGGAAGGGUUUCCUCUUUCCUCGCUGUUAUCACAGACUUCUUCAUCGGUCUGUAGAAUGGUGUUGCAGGGAUGCAAAAGACGGUUUGAAACCGUUAUGGUUAGUGAAGAGAGAGGGGGCAACUUGAUAGGUGAUAAGCAGUUCAUUAAUACUGAAGAAUCAACCAGUACACUGUUUUCCCCUCUACUUGAGCUGCCUGUCCACAUAAUAUGUGAUAUUCUUUCAAGGCUUCCUCUGAUGAACAUACUUCGCUGUAAAUGUGUUUGCAAGAUGUUUCUCAAACUAGUCAAGGAUCCGUAUUUCUCUAAAGUACAUCUUGCCAGAGCACCUACCUUAACAACUAACCUGGUUCUUCAAGAGAACAUUGGGAAAUGGGGAGCUCUUCACUUCUUUACAUUUGAUCUUAGUGAAUCGACUUUGUCUUCAUGCAGCAGUGCUGACCAAGAUACUCCUUCGUAUUUAAAUCGUGGGCUUCCUAUGUUAAGUAAGCUGAAUGCAGAUUUCAGUUUUCGUACACAACGACUUACUCUUGUUGGUUCAUGUAACGGACUACUAUGUUUAUAUUUUGAUUCGUCACCAAGGCCUUUCUAUGGUAUUACCAACCCUAUACUUGGCGAAUGUAUAAAGCUUCCUCAACUAACUUUAUCAGCUCCACAUUGUACUUAUGCCAACCAUUCUGGAUUUGGUUAUAGUCCAAGGACGAAGCAGUACAAGAUUAUCAGUUUCAUGCAUCUGACAUCUGUUGAUCCUCUGAACUCCAUAGACUCAAAAAGAAUGGUGGCCGAUGUACACACACUUGGUUCAGAUUCAUGGAGAAGGAUCGAGAAUCCCCCCUGUCCGAACCGAACUUCGUUUGAUCCGUUCCUCAAUGGCUGUCUUCAUUGGAUAACCAAUAGCAAUAGACCUUCUGAGCUUAUAACUUCAUUUGACCUGGAGAAGGAAAAGUUCAAGGUAGUCCCACCACCAGCGCACUUCAGUGUACAGUAUAUGAAUAAGGUUUCUUGGAUCAACAUCGGGGUCCUAAGAGACUGUCUCUGCAUCUGCUACAUUUGCGAGGAUGUCGAGUUUGAGGUUUGGGUAAUGAGAGAAUAUGGAGUUAAGGAAUCAUGGUCAAAAGAAUUCAGCAUCGACAUGAAAUUCUACUGUAAGUUGCGAGUCGAGGAUUUGCAUCGGCCCAUUAAGUUGUUUAGCAAUGGGGAUCUGUGGUUUAUAUCCAGUUCUGAGUCGCUUGUUUCUUUUAGUCCUCGGAAAAGAACUUUCAGGGAAUUGAGGUCAAUGGGACCUUGGAAAACUGAGGUUACUGCACAUGCGUUGAGCUUCAUAUCCCUCAAGGAUGUAGUGGGAGCGGAAAGCCUGCAAGUGAAGAAGUUACUGAUUGGAGGAAGAAGGUUCAUACUUGGGAUAUAGCCUUCGUAUCCCUCAAGGAUGUGGAGGGAGGGAGGAGAGAAAAGCCUGCAUGUGAAGAAUUUUUUGGCUUAGAGGAAGAAGGUUCAUACUUGUGGUAUAGCAAUUUCCCUCAAGGAUGUGGCGGGAGCGAAAAGCCUGCAUGUGAAGAACUUACCGCCUGGAGGGAGAAGGUUCAUACUUGGGAUAUAGCAAUUUCUGCGAUGUUACGCUGUCAUUAGUUUUUUAUCUGCUGCUUAAAACCACAAUAUGUUUGAUAUAAGCAUGAAUGAUUAAGAAAUACUAGCCCAGAAUUCUGUGUGUGAUUAUUGUGGUUCCAUUCUUUUGGUGGUCUCAUCCUUUUUUGCGCUUUUAUUGUCGUUAUGCAUAUUAGAUGCCUUUUCUAGUACAAGAAAUGCAGUGUUUAUGUUGUCCUUAA